AUCCUCGGUUCUUCAGCGAGAAAACCCUGGUUUCCGAAGUUAAAGAAUCACGUUUCAGAGACACUUAAAGAAACCUAGUUUCAGAGACGCUUAAAGAAACCUAGUUUCAGAGACUCUGAAAGAAACUUUGUUUCAAAGACACAUAAAGGAACAAGUUUCAGAGAUACUUAAGAGAAACAAGUUUCAGAAACCUAAAUAGAUACAAAUUCAAGCAGAAGAAAAACAUUUAACAUUUAACUUUUAAAACAUUAAAAAAAAAGAAUCCUGCUUUCGUAGAAAAAAAAGUGAAUGAAGUUAUAAUUCAUCUAAAAUUAAAUAAUUAAAAACAAAAAAAAAACUGAAAAGCCCUGAACAGUGAACCAUUAAACUAAAGAAACUGGAUCGAUGUGUCUGAAGCUGGGAAGUUUUUAGCGAAUUGAAAACUGAUAAUGCAAUCAACCAUUCGGAAACCGUGAAACAAGGAACAGUGAACAAGGAACAGGGAACAGUGAACAAGGAACAAAGAACAGUGAACAAGGAACAGGGAACAGAGAACAAAGAACAAGAAACAAAACUUGAGGAACAAGGAACAGCAGAAAUGUUUUCAAAAACAAGAAUAUUUCUGGUUUUUUUCUCUGUUGCAGGUUCAGUUGUUGAAAUCCAGGAUACUCCGGGUCCGGAGCAAAGUAGUACUCACGGAUCAGUUCCAACCCUAGAGAAGACUAGAAUAGUUCCUGAUUUAUCUCCUGACGUGAUCGCGAUGACCGGCAGUGAUAUCAGGCUUGUCUGCCAUGUUCAAAAUAUUAAUAAUUACACGGUUUCCUGGAUCCGACACUCUGACACAGAUCUGCUCACGGUCGGAUUAUACACCUAUACUCCGGAUACAAGGUUCUCUGCAAUCCAUCCUGUUCUUCAACCCUUGUAUCAGCUCAGGAUAGCAGGAGUACACAAGAGUGAUGAAGGUAUAUACGAAUGCCAAAUCUCGACAACGCCACCUAUUGGACAUUUUGUUAAACUAUCUAUUGUAGACCCUGUAACGGAAAUAUUGGGUGGACCAGAUAUAUUUGUGGAUGCUGGGAGUACUAUCAACUUGACAUGUGUUGCUUCAUUUACUCCGGGUCCUCCUCAAUACGUUAAGUGGUUGCACUUUACUCAGGAGAUAUCCUGGAUGGGUUUAUAUCCAGGAAACUAUACUUGUGCUCCGCAAAAUUCUAGGACAGCUUCUGUACAUUUACAUGUACUGCAAGGAAAACAUCCGGCAGCCAUCCAGGGUUCUCCGGUCUCUAACCAUCCUUCCAUCCUUCUCCAUAUCAUCGUUAUCAUUCUGUCUACCAUUCAGAGUCUUCAUUUUUAUCCGUUCCAGUUCUAUAUCCCAACAUAAUUUGUACUCUUUCAUUUGUUCGGGCUUCCGUUCCUGUCUCCUCUUUUUCCGUUGUAUUAAAGGGGCUGUAAACGUACUUUCAGUUGUAUUAAAGGGACCGUAAACGUAAUUUCCGUUGUAUUAAAGGGAUUGUAAACGUACUUUCCGUUGUAUUAAAGAGACCGUAAACGUAAUUUCCGUUGUAUUAAAGGGAUUGUAAACAUAAUUUCCGUUGUAUUAAAGGGAUUGUAAACGUAAUUUCCGUUGUAUUAAAGGGAU